UAAAUACGCCCUCCCACAACUCAAUUCUUUUUGAGGUGUGGCUUCUUUGAUGAGAAGCUAACUAGAUAGCCAAGUACUUCUUCGCUUCACCAAUGUGACCUUGCUCUGAGGAUUCAGAAUCGCCAUGAAGUACGCAUUGUUCUCGACGGUAGCUGUGACUGCUGGGGUGGUAUUGCUGUCCACUGUGGGCAUAAUUGUAGCCCUCUACUUAGGCAAGAAGAAGAAGCCUCCAGUCACCUUGCUUGACGCUACCCAAAAAUACCAGCUAACGCUCAUUGAUAAAGAGGUGAUCAGCCAUGAUACUCGCAGGUUCCGCUUUCGACUUCCCUCAGCAGAACAUAUCCUGGGUCUGCCUGUAGGGAAGCAUGUAUACCUCUCUGCCCGUAUUGACGGCAGCCUGGUAGUCAGACCGUACACACCUGUGUCCAGCGACGACGACAAAGGUUAUGUUGACUUGGUUGUGAAAAUCUACUUCAGGAAUGUGCACCUCAAGUUUCCUGACGGAGGCAAGAUGUCCCAGUACCUGGAGAGUCUGCACCUGGGAGACGUGGUGAACUUCAGAGGACCAGGAGGACUGCUGGAGUACAAAGGGCAUGGGCAGUUUGCAGUUCAGACAGACAAGAAGUAUCCUGCGGAGAUAAAAGUUGCCAGUACUCUUGGUCUUAUAGCUGGAGGAACAGGCAUCACCCCUAUGCUACAGCUGGUGCGCGCUAUCAUGAAGGACCCCAGUGACAGGACCACCUGCAGCCUGCUAUAUGCCAACCAGACUGAGAAGGACAUCCUGCUGAGGGAUGAGCUGGAGGAGGUCCAGGCCAGACACCCAGACCGCUUCAAGCUGUGGUUUACAGUGGACAGGGCACCCGAGGGCUGGGAGUACAGUGAGGGCUUCAUCAAUGCGGACAUGAUCCAGGAGCAUCUGCCCACCCUCAGUGAGGACACCAUGGUGCUCAUGUGCGGUCCGCCCCCCAUGAUCCAGUUUGCCUGCAACCCCAACCUGGACAAGUUGGGCUACCGGCAGAGUCAGUGCUUCAGCUACUAGUCACCAGCCUAGGAACUAUCCUCCCAGCCACCCCCAGCAUGGGCAUUCUCAAUGCAACAAUGAUAUCAAUUCAAUGCUUGAUUGGGCCGGAACUACUGCUUGAGUACCGGCAUCUCUUAUAGAAUUUUGGCUUAGAAAUAUUGCAGAGUUCCAGCACCUAAAUAUAUACAGUACCGGCACCCAAAAUGAGUACGGGCACCAAUUUCAGUCCACUGAAAGCACUGCAUCAAGUAUACUGCCAAAAGCCCCUUAUGAGAAGUGCAGACAUGGCCUCUUAUCUAUCAGGUUGAGCAUUAAAUGCUCACUUGCAACCAAGGUCCUACCUUUGUAUUAUUAGCCUCCAUCUCCUACUGAUAUCUACAAUUGAUUGGGCCCUGUGUAUUUUUAGGUGAGGUUUGAGGCUUUGAUUUAUUAUUGAUGUUCUUAGCCUUGAGCAUUCCUCCUAAAAACAGGACAGAGAGAACAUAACUUAAAGAUAAAGCCGCAUACUGACCUGGAUUACGCCCAGGGAUGCGGUGCUAAAUAUGAGGAGGCCGCACAGGCAGCUUUGCUUUAAACGCACACAUAACAAAUUAUAUGCACUUAAGUAUUACAGCUUCUGUAGAGAUGCAUUAUACUGUAUUUUGGCAUCUGCUUCAGUUGUGAGUGUGACAUAUAUGUGGGGCUUUUUGUUGUGUGGGUAUGUGAUCUGACUCUAUUUCUUAUUGGAUUUCUGUGAGAUUGAGUGAACAUAAUUAUUCAAGGCUCUUUUUGUUUUAUAUAUUAUAAUUUCAGAGUUUAAUCUGCAAUGCACUACACUUUGUAAAAUGUUUUAUGUGUUUAUGAAGAGAAAAGACAACAUUUCUGCCAGCAUUUCAAAUUGUCUAUACUCAUAUACGUGAUCCAUAAUCCUGUUCUCUUUAUGUAUUGGCUGGACCAUUCCUUAGAUAUUAUCCCUUGUUGCAAAAUAGAGUGUUGAGGAGGAAAACAAUUUUGACACCAUUCAGUUUGCUGGAACAACGUGGCUCUGAUUGCAACAGUUGAAUGCUGUCACAACAAGGAGUAAUCUGUGCUUGGGGCAGUAUGUAGUCUGGUCUAAAUGCUGGGACAGAGUGGGAGUUGGAAAAUGUCAUCUAAUUCCACUGCCUACUACAGUACAGGACCCCUUUGUUGACAGGGAUUAGGGAUUAUUGAGGAAUGGAGAUGCUGAUGGUAGUUUGUUUACAGGGUAGGAGUAGGAGUAGCUCUAUCCACAAGUAAAGGGCUUGAUGAGGGUUUCUUAUUUUCAUUUUUAAUUCAGCCUUUCUUGUGCUGCUAAAAUGUGGGUUAGGCAACUCAGUGCUGAAGAGAACUUUUCGCAUACUGUACAUACAUUAUUGUAAACUACACCAAGCAUCUGUUUUGAUUGGGUGUCAUGUUUCAUGUGGGUUCAUGCAGGCACCAUUAUGGAGGUAAUGUGAUUCCACUCAAUCAUUUAUAGCAGAAGCACGUGCAUGACCUGGGAAUAAAACAGUGUACUACUA